AUGUAAAAUUGCGUUCGCGUUUUACAUCUCAGUGGCCUGCCUCGGCCCACUUUGCUUUCAUUCAUUGCGUAGCGAGGUUGUUGCGCCGAGUGGUCCGCUGGUGCGCCCGCAAUCUUUUUGCCAGGGUUUACACUGUGUGUGUUUGUGUUUGUUUGUGUGUUCCGUUUAGUGUAGUAGUAUGGUUACAGCGCAUUUCGUCUACCGAUGAUUUGCAAAAGAUUAUCACCUAUUGCUGCCAGCUAUCGGGCCGUAUUUUUGGAUGGUGGGGUUGAUAAGAGCAUCGCACGCAACCAAAGCAUCAACAGCAACAAAAGUGUGCUGCCAUUGUUUUACAUUCGUCGUGAACUAUGUUUUUCUUCUGUGUGUGUUUCACCAGCUGUCAAAGUCGCACGUAAACAAACGGCACAGCGAGACUACUGCCAACUGGUACAACCGGCAAGUGGCAACGAAAAGCCGGCAAAUAUGAGCGAAUUCAACACAAUUGCACGUCCUUCGGCGCACGGACAACUGUUGGACAAUAAAACCCUGUUUCCUGAUCCACCUGCACGUGGCCCACUGACCCGGUACCGGAAGCAAGCUUCCAUCGAUUGGCGCAAACUCAAGCUUUCCUUUCACGAUGAACCGUCCCUCAAGCUGCAGCACCGGGUGUGGGAGUUUGCCAGCAAGCACCCACUGUUCGCGCACCCGACCGGCACGCUAACGAUGGACGAGGAACGCCACCUAGCCACCAAGCGCAUGUACGUGGUACAGAAUGAGAAAAUGUUCACCAUGGUCGACUAUCUCGAGCGACCCGAUCUGGCCACCAUUUACCACCAGGCGUGGAUUGCGUACGAACCGAGCAUGGCCGUGAAGUACUCGCUCGGGUUCGGCAUGUUCCCGUCCGUCAUACGCACGCUCGAUGUGGGCCGGCUGGACGAGAUCGUGGAGGGCAACGAAACGGGCAAAUAUUUGGGUGCGUUCGGAUUGACCGAAAUAGCGCACGGUACCAACGCGAAGGGUAUGCGCACGACCGCUACGUACGAUCCGACGGCCGGGGAGUACGUACUGAACACGCCCGACUUCGAGGCGGCUAAAUGUUGGAUCGGAAAUCUAGGCAAAACCUGCACGCAUGUGAUCGUGUACGCUCAGCUGUACACUGCCGACGGUAAGCACCACGGGCUGAACGCAUUCGUCGUACCGGUGCGAGAUCCGACCACACUACAAGCCUACCCGGGCGUAACGGUCGGUGAUCUAGGAGCGAAGGCGGGACUUCAGGGCGUGGACAAUGGAUUCGUAAUGUUCCGCCAGUACCGUAUUCCGCGGGAUAAUCUGCUCGCGCGCACGGGAGACGUGAACGAGCAGGGCGAGUUCGUAUCGCCGUUUAAAGAUCCGGCCAAACGGUUCGGCGCUUCGCUGGGUGCCCUCUCCGGCGGGCGCAUCGGCAUCUGUGGCAUUGCGAACGUUUACCUCACGAAAGCGAUCACGAUCGCACUGCGCUACUCGGCCAGCCGCAAACAGUUCGGACCGGACGACAGCGAGGAAGAGUGGCCGGUGCUCGAGUAUCAGUCGCAACAGUUCCGACUGUUCCCGCACCUUGCCAGCAACACUGUGAUACGCGUGUUUAACCUUUGGUUCGCGAAGGCGUACGGGGACAUGCAGCUGAAGAUGUUGGGGGGAGAGAACAUUGGCGCGACCGGGAUGGAGGUGCACGCGCUUUCAUCCGCUGCCAAGCCGGUGUGCACGUGGGCCGCCCGGGACGGUGUGCAGGAGUGUCGGGAAGCGUGCGGUGGCCACGGAUACCUGAAGCUGUCGACGAUUGGCGAUUUGCGCGGCAAUAACGAUCCCAACUGUACGUACGAGGGUGAAAACAAUGUGCUGAUCCAGCAAGCAUCGAACUGGUUGCUAAGCGUCCGGGCGAAGGGUUGGGACAAGUUUGCCGAAGUAUCCCCGCUCGGUUCGGCCCAGUUUCUUGCGCAGUAUGCUGUGCUCAGCAGUAAAAGGGCCACCUGGGCUGGUCCGUCGGAUGCGGCAUCGAUUGCAAAUCAACUUGAGGCACUCGACUGGCUAGUGGGCUACCUGUUGGAGGAAUCCUUCCAGAAGAUGUCAGCGCUGAAGCGGCACGGAAAAUCCACCUUCGAGGCUCGUAACGAUGUACAGUCGUUCUUUGCGCGAACGCUUUCGAUCGCUUACGGAGAGCGUAUGUUACUGAACGUGUAUGCAAAGUUCCUGGCCAACCUUGAGGCCGGUCCGGAACGAUCCGCACUGGAGCGGCUCGGCUCACUGUACGGUGCCGGAGCGAUCCUGCGCCACGUAGGCGUCUUCUACCAGGGUGGAUACUUUGCAUCCCAACCAAACGCAAUGGCACUGUUGCAGCAAGCUGUGCUCGACCUGCUGCCAACGAUCAAGCAGGACGCGAUCGCAAUAGUGGAUGCUAUCGCACCGCCCGACUUCAUCGUCAACUCACCGCUCGGUAUGAGCGAUGGUGACGUGUACCGGCACAUGGAAUCGGCGGUCAUGCAAGCGCCGGAAGCGCUGGAACGCCCCAAAUGGUGGCGUGACGUGGUGCAUCGAGAUUACAUCAAAUCGAAGCUAUAACACAAUCCUAAGACAAGAUAUUGCUGCUGCAUGCUGCUGGGAGCUUCCAGAUUUUAUGGAAUUACUCACCAUAUGGUUAGCUGGGAGGGUGACAAUUACAGCAAACUAAUUUUUAUUUUUAUUUUACUACGGACACAUACCUUUUUUAGCUUCCAUUGUAUUAGCAAAGCUCCCAUCGAAAGGGAAACCAAUAAAAAAGAGAACAAACGCACAGGAGGGUACAUGGGCGGGCUGCGGGUUUUACUACUGUAA